UCCUCGCGUCUGGAGGUGCAUUUUAGGAAAUGAGAUGUAGGAUACUUCAAGGUUGCGUGCUGUGAUCAAUUUCCGGGUCCCAGGCAGGAGGGGCGAGGAGGCACAAAACAGUGAAAUGAGAAAAAGUCCCUGGGUUAGACAACGUUGGAGAACGCCUCCGUUCAAAGCCACUUCCCAAAAACACAUUUUCAUGCGCAGUGGGUGCACGGGCAGAGUGCACGCAGGUAGGCGAGAGGUAUGAGAAGAUGCCCUACGCUGUCCUACUCACUGCCCUUUUUACCCUUCCUCUUGCCGUGGGUUGGGUCGUACUGGGUGAAAGAGAGGAAGUCCAGAAGGUGUGUGCCGGGAAGGAAUUUCGUCUGCCUGUGUACUCGACAUCCAGGAUGGUGACUUUCACACCACACCCUGAGGGACCGAGGCACGUCCUGCUGGACAGAACCAUUGUGAAGGACCCACGGUUUGAGUGGACCAGAGAUAAGAUGCUAGUCCUGAAAGAAGUGACUCACGGUGAUGAGGGACUUUACGCCAUCAAACUUUCCUCUGGAUUCACCGAUGAGACUGUUCGCUUGAUUGUAUCAGAAUGCAUUAAGUCCUACCACAGAAACUACGGGGACAACUUUGAGUACAGCGUCCCUGAAAAUGGCUCCCUUCUGGAGUUUUCUCCCUGGGGUGCUCCACCUGAGGCCAUGCCAGUUGUGCUGUGGAACCGGACGGACCCGGUGACCAACGACGUGGGCCGGGGGCGGCUGCUGCGGGGUGGGAAGAUCUGGGUGGCCGAGAGAGUCACACAAGCGGACCAAGGCAACUACACCGUGAGAGACGGCAUGGGGAAGGUCGUGUCCCGCAACACCCUCACUGUCCGCGGACGCUCCUUCAAUGUCACCCGCUUCACCAAGGAGUCUCUAAACCUGCCCCUCUUUCUUCCUGUCCAUCAUGCCCACCUCAUUUUUACCCCCGCCCGAUACCCUGACGAAUCCUCCCUUGGCCCUUUUGACCCCAAGCCCCCCCGUGGCCCUGUGCAGCUGAUCCGCGAGGGCCAUAUAACUGACCACGACAUGCGCUACAGGGGCCUCAUCUCUCUGGGCAGGAACGGCACCCUCAACGAGGUCGUCAUAAUGAGGCUGACCUCAAGGCAUGAUGGGUUGUAUGAAAUCAGAGAUGGCGAUGGAAACCUGGUAUCCUCCACCUUGUUGCAGGUGAUCGAAAGGGGAGGCAGAUGGCGAUCACUUCUCAAGUCCAUCACGGUCCCUUCUGGCAUGUUUGUGUCACUGGCUGGUUUUAUCCUGUUCAUGAAGCGAUACCCGAACUGCAGUCUCUCGCAGAUCAUCACAGGCCUAAGAUCAAACCGCACGCCACCAGCCAACCCUCCAAUGGUCAACAUCCAGGACUACAGCCAGCCCAGCCCCCAGCCCUCAGGCCUCUACAAUCACUCUCAGCAGCCUGGAACACCAAGGAAAUGGACCCCAAGAGCCAGUCCUACUCAUACUGGUUACAGUCCUAUUAUUGUAGGAACUCCGAGAGCUCAGAACCAGGAAGCACACAGAUUGGCAGCUGGGAACUCCCCUAGUCAUAAUUCAGCUACUGAGAGAAACACAUUUCAUGAGGAUGAGAAAAGGAUUUCCUUUUCAGUGCCUGGGGCUUCAGACUGCCUCCACUCCUCUGAGGACUGUGUCCAAUUUCAGAUCAAGAAAGAUCGCGACAAAGAAAGGUGGAGUGAAUCACAAGAAUACUUUUCCACACUGCCACUAGACACGGACACCUCUGAAUCCUGCAGUGUUUACACCUCAGAGAAACUGAACUUCUUAUAAAACGGAGAAUUGGAGCAAAAAAUGAUGGAAGAAGAAACGUAAGGCAUGGAGAGCCCACAGUAUACGUUUCUCAGUUGGAGUGAAGCGGUUGUGGAAGGGAAAGACCUUGCCUGUGCCUUUUGCAUCUGAGUUUUAAUGGUUUGGUAUCAACAUUGCAUGUCAUUUUUCUGAAGCAUAAGUUGAGCAUUAGCCUUCCUGUCUCAUAUUACGUAUUUCUUGACACUGUUGAUGGUGCUCCUGAAAUCUCCUGCUGUUACCUACCUCCAGACCCUCAGGACCAAUGUGAACAGCACUGUAUUUGCUGAGUGAUAAUAUGUGUAUGUUUGUGAGAGUAAUGUGACCACUAGGACGACAUAGAAAUUAGCGUGGUGAUACAAACGUUUGCAACAAUUUUAAGUACUGUACACUAAUAGAGAGUUAGUUGACAUGUUUUUCUCCAUCCAUCAUGUUAACCAUUCCUAACUGCAACAACAUUUAAUUAUUAUGUUAAAUGUCUGUUCUACAGUUAAGUGUUUUCUGCAAUUAAAUAGUAUAUUUACCCUUGAGGUAAUUGUAGUACAGUUAUAGUAAUGUGAAAUGUAACAUGUUCCACCAAAUAUUGCAAUAGCAUAUUAAUCUGUAAACUUUAUGUACAGGAUAAUAUUUUAUCACCAAAUCGUUCUAGUGGACUGCUGCUUCUGAUAUUUUUUGAUUAUCAAAAUAUAAUCUCUCAAACAAUAAAAUGUAUAUUUAACACACAUUUUAGAUGAGUUUCUCCACUAUAGUGUAUGUUUAGCUGUAACAAUUCUGCAACAAUUAUUUUCAUUAUCAGUCAUUCUGUGAAUUUCUUUUUUUUUGAAUAUUUGUAGAUCUAAAUAAAAUGUCAAGGAAAUGGCCAUCACAAGUUCUCAAAGCUUAAGGUUACAUGUUAAAAUUGCUUAUUUGUCCGAAUGACAGUCAAAAACCCCACAGAUGUUUUAAAUUAUUUUAGUUUUCAACUUAUUUUGAGAAGCCGUCAACAGAGAAUACAUGUAUAUAUUUUUUUCCCUUGAUAAAUGACUUAAACGAUUUA